AUGGAGGCAUCUGCUUUGAAGGCUUGGGAGUUGGACAACAAUGUCCAGCUCGUCGAUCCCAAACGCGACGCUCUCUACAACUUCGACGCCGAUGCUCAGAAGGCCAUAAACAACGAGAAGGCAUGGAAGCAAACACCAGACUAUUUCAAGCAUGUGCGAAUAAGCGCUACUGCUCUUAUAAAAAUGACCAUGCACGCGCGAUCUGGCGGCAACCUUGAGGUCAUGGGCUUGAUGCAAGGCUACACCCACCAGGACACAUUUAUCGUCACCGACGCAUUCCGACUGCCUGUUGAAGGAACAGAGACUCGUGUCAACGCCCAAGGCGAAGCGAACGAAUAUCUUGUCGAGUAUCUUGAUCUUUGUCGAGCACAGGGCCGACAGGAGAAUGUGGUGGGCUGGUACCACAGUCACCCAGGCUACGGAUGCUGGCUGAGUGGUAUCGAUGUUGAUACAGAGGCCAUGCAGCAGAAAUGGCAGGAUCCUUUCCUUGCCGUCGUUAUCGACCCCGACCGUACUAUCAACUCAGGCAAGGUCGACAUCGGCGCUUUCAGAACCUACCCAGAGGACCACCAGGCCGGCACAGUCACCUCUGAUGGCUUCCAGGCAGUGCCGCUCGCCAAGGCUGCCGAGUUUGGUGCUCAUGCAGGCCGCUACUACAGUCUCGAAGUGUCCCAUUUCAAGAGCUCUCUCGACUCGCAUCUCCUUGAGCUCCUCUGGCACAAGUACUGGGUACAGACUCUUAGCCAGAACCCACUGAUCACGAACCGCGACUAUGGCAACAAGCAGAUGCUCGAUUUGAGCUCUAAAAUCAAGGAGGCGAUGACAGGCAUCACGAGAAGCCGAAAUGGACAAGGCAUGAUGGGUACGAGCCAUAAGGGCUCCGACAAGGCCAUGGACAAGCUGGCAAGGGAAGCCAGCCUCAUUGCAUCUAAGGAGAGGUCUGGUCUGGUUGCUAAUCAGGUCAAGGCUAGCGUUUUCAACGACCUUGGGUUAAAGGCUGAAGAACCAACAUCGUGA